GCCCACCUCGCACAGACCAAAGCUGACUUCAAGGUGACGAUUCGGGAGAUGACGGACUCCCCGACCGAGCACAACCUGCAGAGUGACCACGAGGACAGCGGCGACCAGGCCUGCCUGACCCAGUUGAAGGCCGACCACCAGGUGACGACCCAGAAGAAGCUGGACUCCCCGACCGAGCACGACCAGGCGAUGACAAACCCCAAGGUGACGACCCGGGAGAAGGAACAACUCGCGCAUCAGGGAACGAUACCUGAUGACCAAGGAGACGAAACCAACAAGACCCACCUCGCACAGACCACAACUGACUUCCAGGUGACGAUUCGGAAGAAGACGGACUCGCCGACCGAGCACGACCCGCAGAAUAACCGAGGGAACGACGGCGACCUUUCCUACCUUGCCCAGAUGCAGACCAACCACCAGGUGACGACCCGGAAGAAGAAGAACCCUCUGACCGAGCACGACCAGGCGAUGACAGACCCCAAGGUGACGACCCGGGCGAAGCCGGACUCCUCGGACGAGCACGACCAGGCGACCUUCAUGCAGGAGGCAACCUCAAGCAGCCGCACCGAGCGAGAGCCCGAGUGGUGUCGGACUGCCAGAGCUGGGCUCAGAUUCCUUAGAGGACAGGGAAGGGCACGUAUGGCUAUGCUCCGACUUCGUGACCUACUCAGGGAGUGCAACGACGAGAACGUUCAGGCGGAGGCCCGGAGGCAUCUGCCGGGAGUACUGGAAGCAGGCCGAAUGGAGGCACACCCUGGUGAAGAGGUUCGCCCGGUGGCUUGUGAGGAAUGGACAGACACCAUUUUUCGACGCCUUGGCGGAAACUCCCUGGGAGCACCACCGGGCGAAAGAUUGCCGUUCGGGAUAUUUCACGCGGCAUACAUUUGGCCUAAUGGAUCCUAUUCAACGAGGGAUGACCUGGCCCGCGCCGGGCGCUUGGAUCUCCUGGGUCUGGAAGGUGAUCGAACCGUGGCCUCCUCCUCGUCGACCUCUGGAAUGGGAGCGCUUCUCCCGCCGGCACCUGCAGGUGACAGCCUGGAAGCAAGCAACCGCACGGACGAGGAAGACCAGCACAAUGAAGAUGAAGAGGAGCAAGAGCCGGCCUCACUGCUGUCCCUGACUUGGCCGACCAAGGGCGUACUUCUCCUCCCGAUGAUGGGGUCAAGUUUUGAUGAGCCUUGGACGGACCAACCGGCACCGACAUGGUGGUGGGACGCGGUUGAUGAACUGCGAUCCCUUAUGGACAGAGGGGUGGACAAGCACAAGCUCGGGAACCUCCUGGAACAGGGACUACGUGGCCGUGGAGAUGAAAGAAUGACGGAGGAAAACCUGCUCUACACAAAUGGGCUCUUGAGAGCCAUGUGGCUUCACUCCGACCAUGUGCAGCCGCCUCUCCAUGAUUGGAAGGGGCCCCCCACGGAUGAGGACAUCGGCGACUUGAUAGAUUGGAUCCUGCACAGGAUCAAAGAGCAGUGGUAUUGGAAAGUCUGCCCGGUGGCCAUGACCCAUCGAGCAGAAGAGCGCGAGCUGGAGGACAUAGGCUACCGCGGACCUCACCACCUCUCUGACGCCAAGCUACGAGCCGAGCGAGAGGAGCGCAAGAGAUGGUGGUACAAGGGCUCAGCUUCCUCCUCUCCUCUACGGGGCAAGGGGGCGCACAUCGGCGAGCCAGAGCCCUACUUGAACGUCUUGUCAGACGACCUGGAGUUCGUGGAGGCGUGGUGGUCCGACCUUCAUGCUGCUCUUCAGAAUGAUGUGACGACGAAGAGUGGAGUGACGCAGACCACGAUGGAGCAGACGACGGAGGUUGAGUCGCCUGGACCAAGCUCCUCAUCCACUCCUGGGAGAGCGGAACAAGAGGAAUGGCAUGACCGACAGGAGGAGAUUGAGUUCGAGAAGGACAAGCAACGUUGGGAGGAGUACAUGCAGGAGAAAAAGCUUGAAGACCAGCUCGCACGUGCAGCCGAAGCAGCCAAGUCGAAGGCGUGUCGUGAGUGGGAUGAUUGGGCCAUGUGGGAUGAGCUGCAAGGAGAGCGAGUGCCUCUUCCGGAGAGCCCCACCCCGGCUAUCUCUCACCUGCACGUCGACUGGGAAUUGUGCUAUGAGUUGGAGGUGCGGGUCAAGGUCUGUGGCACGGUCCCUCCUGCCAGACUGGGGGUGCCACAGAAUGACAUGGAGUCGGGCCACAGCCGGUGCGGAACGACGACGACCCGACCCCAGAUGGGCAACGGGGCCGACAGCAGUACGGUGAACGUGACGACUGAGAUGGACCGUGGUGGGAUGGUCGAGGCUGGGACCGAUGUGGACAAUCAGGUGACGAUCCCUUGGGGAUGUGAUGGUGGAGAUGACACGGUGAAUUCGGUCGAGCUGGCGGAGUGCGAGGCGUUUGCGGCUGACCUUGCCAAGGAGUACGAGUACCGUGAAGCCCAGGCGGAGGCACAGGGAGCAGUGCAGAAGGAGAACGUCCGUUAA